CGACCAUUGAGAGAAAAUAUAGUCUAUCAAAAGCACAGUCGCAUAUCUUAAACUCGAAGUGGCAACAAUGUCUGGACGCAGAUUGGAGGGCAAAGUAGUAAUUAUAACCGGCGGAGCGAGCGGCAUAGGAGCCGAGGCGGCGAGAUUGUUCGUGGAAAACGGAGCUCGGGUAGUGAUAGUAGACGUGCAGGACGAGAUGGGCAAAAACGUCGCCGUUUCGAUAGGCGAAGAGCAAGCCACGUACCACCGCUGCGACGUGACGGACGUGUCGCAGGUCGAAGACACCGUGAAGUUCACUGUCCAAAAGCACGGACGGCUCGACGUCCUCUUCAGCAACGCCGGAGUCAUGGAACCCUUCAAGAGCUUCCUCGACCUUGACCUCGACCGCCUCGACAGAACCAUGGCCGUCAACCUCCGCGGCUCGGCCGCUUUCAUCAAGCACGCGGCCCGCGCCAUGGUUGACCACGGGACCCGCGGCUCGAUCAUUUGCACCACGAGCGUGCUGGCCGAGAUCGCCGGCUCGGGCCCACACGCGUACACGGCGUCGAAGCAUGGGCUGGUGGGGUUGGUGAUGUCAGCAUGCGGCGAGCUGGGGAAGUACGGGAUUAGGGUUAACGGGAUCGCGCCGUUCGCGGUGGUGACGGGGAUGAGCACGGGAGGCGACCCGGCCGCCGGAAAGUACGUGGAGGAGUACUGCGCCGCCGCGGGGAAUCUCAAGGGCUUGGUGUUGAAGGUAAUAAUUUGA